AUGGGUGAAGCACUACGUAGAUCAACCAGGAUUGCAAUAUCCAAAAGAAUGUUGGAAGAGGAAGAGUCCAAACUGGCCCCUAUUUCGACACCGGAAGUGCCUAAGAAGAAAAUCAAGACGGGUCCUAAACAUAACGCUAAUCAAGCAGUAGUUCAAGAGGCAAAUAGGUCAUCUGAUGUUAACGAAUUAGAGAUAGGCGAUCCUAUUCCUGAUUUGAGUCUUUUAAAUGAAGAUAAUGACUCUAUCUCCUUGAAGAAAAUCACCGAAAAUAACAGAGUUGUGGUGUUUUUUGUGUAUCCCAGGGCAAGCACGCCUGGUUGUACUAGACAGGCCUGUGGAUUUCGUGACAAUUACCAGGAACUCAAGAAAUAUGCUGCUGUCUUUGGACUGAGUGCAGAUUCUGUGACAUCCCAGAAAAAGUUUCAGAGUAAACAAAAUUUGCCAUAUCAUUUACUAAGCGAUCCAAAGAGAGAGUUUAUUGGGUUGCUAGGAGCCAAAAAAACGCCACUUUCUGGUUCUAUUAGAUCGCAUUUCAUUUUUGUUGAUGGGAAGUUAAAAUUCAAAAGAGUUAAGAUAUCACCAGAAGUUAGUGUAAAUGACGCCAAAAAGGAGGUUUUAGAAGUCGCUGAAAAGUUUAAAGAAGAAUGA